AUGUGGGUGGAGACAUUGCUGCUUUUAGGGAUCGCUUCUAUUAGUGUGCUCGCAGCAGACUACGAAUUGAUCCUGGAGGAUCCGGACAUAUUCUCCGACUGUUCAAAUGCCCCACCUGGUGCAUCGAAUAUACAUGGGAUUCUUGAUUUAGAGCACGUAACGUUAACAUCAGAUGGAAAUACAAUCCAUGUGAAGGGCAAUGCAAGCACAGUUUGGAAUGUGGAUCCUGCCGAUCGUGUUCGGGCUUCAGCAUCUAUGUACCACUUCGAACGAGGAGCUUGGGAACCCACUGUUUUCAGUAUGAGCAAUCAAAAUUUCUGCGCCAUUAUGUAUGGCAAGAACGAGUAUUGGUAUAAAUAUUGGACGCAACAUAUUUCUAACCGAAAAGACGUGGAACAGAAGUGCCUCAAUACUCCUGGUACCGUGUUUGUGUUGGAACCAUUCGAUCUAAAAAUUACUUUAAAUAACAUACGAGGGACAACUUUAAGCGGACGCUAUAAGAUGGUGAUAAUGUUGGAAGCUUUCGAUAAGAAUAAUGUGAGGCGGCCAAACAGCAUAUGUUAUGAAAUUAGAGGUGAAUUAGAAAAAAUGUAACAUUUCUAAAUCAAGCAAGAAUGAAAUGUUAAAGCA